AUGCCAAAUUCUCAACUCCCCGCCCCCGACAGCUCUCUCCGCCAUCCCUCGCCCUCCUCCCAAGCGCACGAGUCGAGCCGCCCACGCAAUCUGCCCCGCUAUCCCUCCUACUCAAAACGGCACGCCUCGUUCAACUCUCCAAGAGAGGUCCCGCUGCCCUCACCCACCCUCUGGCAGGCAGAAGCACCCAACCCCUUCCUGGCAACCGCCAGCGACCAACCACAACCAUCGUCCUCCAGGCCUCAGGAAGUUUUCGAGCUCAGCCCAACGUCCCCACCCUCACCCACACGCUCGAGAGGCUUUUACCCGGAGCAGGAGAACGAGCCACAGCCAAUUGCCAGCUCGUCCCGGCCACAGAGCCCCAUCUCCCCUACCCGCCACACCCACACUCACGAUGACUUGAACCCCACUUGGCGGCUCAGACACCACCCCUCACAGCACAUGUCGGCCCCUUCCGCCUCGCCUCCCCAUUCACCUAUAUCCGCUACCCCAAACCGGGACAUCAAGUCUCCUGCUCCCCGAAUUCCCUCGGCUUCAACUGACCUCCCAAAUAACCUAUCAAAGGAAUUUCAACAGGCGCCUCUUCUUCCCCAGCCCUCGGAUUUUUCCCCGAUUUAUCUCUCUUCCCGGCCCUUCUCCCUCCCAGAACCACAAUCUUCCUCUUAUUCAAAUACUUUAUCCUCCUAUCUUCGCCAAUCGCCCUCCGCCAGCCCCUCCAUGCCCGACAGGUCAUCUCCCGCAUGGAUCGACAGAUUCUCAUCAGCCUCUCUCCCCCCGCCCUCACAAAUCCCCUUCUACGCUCUCCCAAAGGUCAAUCCCAACACCCACCCGCCACCAUCCACAGAUUUAGACGCCAGGGUCUCCUCGUCAACAGAAGUGGCGUCGUCAGGUUCAGGUACCUCAGACACAUCUUCCGAUCGGUCCGGCCUCCGCUGUCCACCCCUCGACAACGAGAGCAGCUCUUCGUCUUCUGGCUCCUCGAUCAGCGGCUCCGUGUCCACCACAAGCUCGAGUCCGAACACCGAAAGCUCCUUCCAUGGGCACGUCAACGACAACAAGGCCUCGCUGUAUCCACACACACCCAGGCCUGCCCUCGAUGACGCUCCACCCGCGCCUCGUGCCGCCAACGCCCAUCCUGCGGCGCCACUGCCACCCGCGCGCGCGUUCUCACCACCCCCGUUCCGCGCUCCGCAGCCGCCCGCACACGCACAAGUGCACAACUCGCCGGCCCUUGCAGAGUUCACCGCGAUCAGGCGGUACGCGACCCUGCGCGAGACGUCGGUGUACCCGCCCCCGGAGCCGCCUGUGAUCUUACCUGCGGAUACGCUGUCUGAGAGCGGGCAUGCGGGUAUGGGUGGAAGGGCGCCGGCGCCGUACAUCCCGUUCCUGAGCCACGCGCCGCCCCCGCCGGAUAGCUGGAUCGAGGUGGAGACGACGGCGGGCGAGUAUCGCCUGCAUGUGCGCUUGCCAGGGUUUAGCCGGGAGGGGAUCACGCUUGCGACGAAGAGGAGGAGGAUUCUACACGUUGUUGCUGAUCGGUGGGAUAAUGGUGGUGGCCACUUCGAGCGCCGGAUAUCGUUCGGGUAUGACGCGGACCUCGUGCAGGUGCGCGCCGAGUUUGACGGGGUCAUGUUGAGGAUCACGAUCCCGAGGCGGGCUUCGCCGGUUAUGGUCACGUCGUCGGGGCGGCCGGGCCCUAUUGGACGGGCAUGA